CUUGGGAAACAAAGUGAGUCUUGUAUGACGGUGGCAGGGGUACAACAGCUGCCAAAGGGCCGACCUGACACUUAUAGUGCACGACCACGGUUCGUCUCCAUAUUGCCGGGCGACUACUCCGGCUUGUAAUCGCGUUUACGAGCCCUACUUUGGGCAGGGUCAGACGGAUGAAUGCAAAGGCGUCGGUGGCUUGACGUUCUUCGACAGGCUGGACCCAGGGUGAAGGGUGAAAAGAAUGCAUCGAAAUGCAGAACAAAUGAGCGACUUCCUAUUCCCGCGUGAACCCGGUUCUACAUCCUGGGUGACCCCUGUGCUGAUCAUCACGCUCCAUUCUCACGAUCCGAACUUGGCCCACAGGCUUUUACACCGAUCUUUCAGGUUUCAUUGCCAUGUGCCAUUCACGCAGUCAGGCUUGUUCCCAAAGCCAGGUAGCCAAUCAGGGUGCGCAAUAGCCGAAUACAUCCUCGGAGCAUCUAACUGCUUUUGGUCAUGCUUAACGAACGCUGAGGCCGCCGCUCCCACAUAUUUGACGCCUCUCACGUCGCUCCGCGCGACCAUAUCCGUCCUUGCUGUCAAUUCGUCAAAGACGCAGCGCUUACUUGCAAGCUCUGUGGCUGCAAGCCUAAUUACUUUUCUGCGAGGCUACUUAGCCGAACAUGUCCUUUUAUAUACCUCGUGGCGCAGCCGGGGCUGAUAUUGCAUUACGGCCAGACUCUUUAGACGCGCUGCAGUGCGUUGGCAGCGUAUGCACCAAGCAUGACCGCUAGAGAAGCCCGUUGUCGGUACUACUUGGAAGUGACGAUACUCGGUGUUUCUCGGUCGACGUAGAGAUGCUUUUGAUCUUAUGGAACCAUCGGACAUGAUG